UUGUAAAUCUUGUCGGGUGAAAGACGCACUGUUCCGUCGCGAUUCGCGCUUCGAAUUCCGACUCGUGGACGUGCCUCGGUCCCAGCUGGUUGCUCGACUGUCGCCCGUGCGUGCACUGCCAGCGGUCUGUCCACUCUCUUACCAAGAAUAGAACUAUUUACAAGCGACGCGCGCUCGGAAUGCGCGCGCAGUUCUUCUACCCUCGUCCGCCAUUUCAUACGAGGCAUGCGCCGUGACCUCCGCGCGCGGUAACUCGUCCGGCAAGUCGUUCCUUUCCCUCCCGCGGUUCCAAGUGUCUUUUGUUCGUUUUUCCUUUCGCGUCCCGUAGUUCUAGCACAGUGCUCGUCCUCAAGAGUAUCCCAGUGUCCUGGAGUUUCGGUUUGAUCACUCGUUCCUCUUCCACCUUCAUCGUCAAGAAUCACCGUCAUUGCCGUCAUACUCCUGAUGAUAUUCCCGGUAACAUACAUCCAUUUUACGAUUCAUAUCCAAAAGACUUUUGGUAAAUCAAUGUAUCCACUUGAUCCUUGUAACGAUAUAUUAUAAAUCGUUGCUUAUUCUUCGAUAUCUAUUUAAUUGUAAAACUGGUUAAGUAAUACGAACGACCUUGAAACUUGUGAGAUCGAUUGACGAAAAUCGAAUUUGAAAAUCGAUUCGAUAUUAAACCGCGAAAUUCGAAGGAUUUCGUUCUCGUGGCGCUAGUCGACGUCGAUGUCGAUGGACCAUGCAUUCACUGCAGAGUUCUUCUUUUCCAAUUCUCUCUGUUUUAUCAUACUCUGUUUCUAUUUUCCUCUCGCAAGCCGACGAGGAAUAAAGUAAAAAGAACAUUAUAUUGAAUCCAAAAAGAAAUUAUAUCGAAAUACUGACACAGGAAAUUCCAUCAAAGGAAAACACGAGCAAACAAGACGACGUCGAACUCGUACAAUAAUGAUCGCGUAUCUUAAAAGAUUUAUUUUGCCGAACUGCAAAUUGGAUAAAUUCGGAAGGGUACAAAAACAAUUUUGUAGAAACGAUUCCUCAGAAUCGUCGACAAAAAUCUUAGAACAUUUAAAAGAUAAAAGCUUGCUCCGGCUUCGAGGGAACGAGGCUUCGACCUUUUUACAAGGAUUAAUAACGAACGAUAUGCGGCACUUCGAAGACGGGGCUGCAAACGUUUAUGCAUUAUUUCUAAAUACUAAGGGCAGAGUGAUGUACGAUGUAAUUGUUUAUAGAAGUCAGGAAGAGAAUGUGUACUAUAUUGAAUGUGAUUCACAAGCUGUAGAUCCGUUGCAAAAGCAUUUAAAGAUGUAUCGCGUUAGGAGAAAGAUAGACAUAGAUCAUUUAGGUGACGAUAUAAAUGUUUGGGCAUUCUUCGAUCCGACCCAGUGUAUGAAUAACAAACCGAGCGAGAGUAGGCAAAAGCUCGAAGGCUUGAUAUUUCCGUGUGGAACUCUCGAUAAUAAAGUUAGUAAAAUAGUUGAGAAUAUUAUGAUAUAUCAAGAUCCUAGAGCUUCCGAUUUAGGCAUCAGAAUUUUAGCAGAUUCGAACAUCGAUAGAAAUCAAAUAGUCAAGCAAUUGAACACUGAUAUAGUAGAAUCUGUUGAUAACUUGAGUUACAGGGCAUUUCGCUAUAAACUUGGUAUAGCCGAAGGUAUAAAUGAUUUGCCACCAGGGAAACCUUUACCUUUAGAAGUAAACUGUGAUUAUUUACAUGGUGUUAGUUUCCAUAAGGGUUGCUACAUCGGUCAAGAACUAACAGCGCGUACUUACCACACUGGUGUAGUAAGAAAGCGUUUAAUGCCUUUGCUAUUUGAACAAGUUCCUAAUAAAUCGUUUUCUUACGACGAUAAAAUUCUUAACGAGGCCGGAAACGUAGUGGGAAAGUUUCGGGGAAUCGAAAAUAAACAUGGAUUAGGAUUAAUGCGAAUCACGGAAUCUUUGAACGCACAAUCUCUUAGUAUAUCGGGGAACGAGUUAAAGAUAUCGAAACCUGCUUGGUGGCCACAUGAAGCGCAAACGCAAGGCAUUUCCGUUAAGAAAUAGCGAAUACAUAUUUCGAAUGAUUUUCUACUUGUACAUACGAAGCUGUACUGUAAAGAAUGUAAAAUAAAUGGGUGACGCUGCAAAAACUACAAGUACCUUCCAUCCGUG